CAUUUACCCAUUAACCCAAUACCACUGCUCCACCCACCAACCCGCCCAAGGACCAAACUGCAAUUCCCACCCCCUACGCCACACUGACCCUCCGCACCUCAUCGGCGCCUUUGGUCAUACUUUUCCCGUUAUGUCGUCGGCCCGUCGACCCUCACCUGCUUCUGCUUCCCAUUCUCCUCCUCCUCCUCCUCCUCUCAACUCCACCUCCCCUUCCUCCUCCUCCACCACCACCACUACCACAUCCCACCAUUCCCCACCCAUGUCCGACGAAGACGACGGCGGCUUACCCCCAACUUCCACCAACACCAACCCGACCACCCCUCCUUCUCCCUCCCCCUCCCCCCCUCCUCCCCCCUCCUCUUCAGCUGACAUAUUCCCUCCCCACCCACCUCCCCGUCCAUCAACAACAACUAAAGCUACGUCAUUCCCGAUUCGAGAGGACUGUUGGUCGGAGGAUGCCACCCAUACUUUGAUUGAAGCUUGGGGGUCCCAUUAUUUGGACCUUAACCGAGGUAACCUCCGUCAGAAGCACUGGCAAGAAGUCGCUGACGCCGUUAACGCCGACCAUGCCCACACCAAAAAGCUCCACCGGACCGAUAUCCAGUGCAAGAACCGCAUCGAUACCUUGAAGAAAAAGUACAAACUCGAGAAAGCUAAAUUCUUGCAAUCGAACGGCCGGGUUGUUUCUACGUGGCCGUUUUUCGCAUCGCUGGAUUCUCUCAUCGGGGAUUCUUUUAUCAAGGCCAACGCACCUCCUUCCGGUACUCCUCCGGUGACGAGGAAAAAUUCUCUCGCUGCAAAAAAUACUUCUCCGUCACCGGCGCCUGCGUCUGCGCCGGCUACGAUGACGGUGAGGAAAGAGUUUCCAGUGUUGCCGCCGUUGCCGUCGGCGGUGCCGGUGGGUCCAAGGUCUAAGCGGCCUGCGCCAGCUCCGGCGAUGGGGGAGGAGGCGGUUUUCCGACGGAACUUCUCGGCGAUGGCAGCAGCUGCUGCGGCGGUGGCGGAGGACGACGAGGAUGAGGAAGAGUCUGAUACGUCGAGUGCUGCCGCGGUUGGACUGGGGUCGGGUGGGAUGAGGAGGAAAAAGAGGAGGGGCGCCGCGGGGAAGGUGGCGGCAGAAGGGUAUAGGAAGUUGGCGGAGGCGAUAAGGGGAUUUGCGGACAUAUAUGAGAGAGUAGAGGAGGCGAAACAGAGGCAAAUGGUUGAGUUGGAGAAGCAGAGAAUGCAGUUUGCCAAGGAUUUGGAGAUUCAAAGGAUGAAGCUUUUUAUGGAAUCCCAGGUCCAGCUCGAAAAGCUUAAGCGAUCUAAGCGCAAUUCACAAUCUGGUGAUGGUUACUUGUAGAUGCCUUCUGUGAAAGAUCUCUGUUGUGGAAGUGUUGGCUGAUCUUUUAGAGGAGUACAGGUAGACUCUAGUUCAGCUGUGGAACACCUAGGCUAGUUUUUGCUAGGCAGAUGUUUCUAGAUAUAGUAGUACUUAAUAGGGUUUGCUAGUCUUGACUGUGUGAUAGUUGGACUUUGUACUAUUUGAAGCAUAUCUUCUCUUUCCUUUGACGAUAACAACGUAAGAUAGGAAACUUGUAAAUGGUUGAUAGGUGGCCUCUGUUGUCUCAGCUGUUGUUACUAUAUAUAUAUAUA